ACAGAACCUAAAUUUACGGGUAGACGACAUUUUUAAGGACAAGAAGAAGAAGAAGAAGAAGAAAAAGGAUAUAUCAACAUUGACUCUCAUUAUUUUAGUGUUCUCAGAGCUUAAACACGAAGCUUCACCUGCAAAUCCUAAAUAAACCUUGGAAUUAACACACAGCAGCAUGUCCAUUAUGAAGCAGCAGUGUGUGUCAGACUUAGAGAAUGAGAGGAAGAACUGCUCCUUUGAUAAAGAGGAGCUGACUAAUAUUGUGGACGGUGGGGUUGAGAAGACUCAAUUCAGAAGACGACUUGAGGAAUAUUUUCUCCGUGACCCCCAGUUUUUGGACAGCAUUGGGCCAGACUACAUGAGUCAUGAAGAUCGCUAUGCAAAUGAGCUCCGCAAAGCUUGCCAUAUGAUUCACAAAUUUUCUGAGAACGAGGAAAUAAACCAGGUCAUAGGUCGUCCAGAUGGAGUGAGGAGUAUCAUGGGAUUGGGUUUUCUUGGAGCAUUGACGAGAGACGGCAAUCCUCUGCAGCUGCAUCUUGGCAUGUUCAUCCCGACACUUAUUGGACAAGGAACCCCCGAACAGCAAGAGAGAUGGCUUGGUAGAGCAGUCCUUGGAGAAAUCAUCGGGACUUACGCCCAAACAGAGAUGGGCCAUGGUACCUUUCUGCGAGGCUUGGAGACAACUGCGACUUAUGAUCCAUCGACUCAGGAAUUCAUUCUUCACACGCCAACCAUCACAGCUACGAAAUGGUGGCCAGGAGGAUUGGGCAAAACAGCAAAUUACGCAGUCGUCAUGGCUCAGUUGUUUACGAAAGGACAUUGUUAUGGACCCCAUCCCUUCCUUGUGCAGUUGAGAGAUGAAAAAACACAUCAGUCUCUCCCAGGUCUUACUGUCGGGGAGAUUGGGCCAAGACUUGGUAUGAACACGUCCGAUAAUGGCUUCCUGAGGUUUGACCAUUUCCGCAUUCCACGCACAAACAUGCUAAUGAAGCAUUCGCAAGUCUUGGAGGACGGAACAUACGUGAAGCCUUUGAGUAGUAAAUUAGCGUAUGGCACAAUGGUGUAUGUGAGGGUUGGCAUAUGCUUCUACUCAUGCCACUUGCUUCAGAAAGCUGUAACUAUUGCCACGCGUUAUUCUGCAGUUCGCCAUCAGUCAGAAAUGCUUCCUGGAAUGCCGGAACCACAGAUUCUAGACUACCAAACCCAGCAGUAUAAAGUCCUGCCACAAAUUGCAACUGUGUUUGCCUUGUUGUUCGCUGCUCGCCGUGUUGGUGAUACAUUCAUUGAGGCCACAACAAGCAUGAACAAAGGCAACUUGGCCAUGUUACCUGAACUGCAUGCAAUAUCAUGUGGCCUGAAAGCCCUUAGUUCUACGGAUUCCACAUCAGGCAUUGACAUCUGUCGUCUGUCAUGUGGUGGACACGGGUAUUUGGCUUCGUCAAGUUUCCCACGUCUUUACACCCUCUGUACAGCUACUAUGACCUAUGAGGGUGAAAAUACUGUUUUAUGGCUUCAGGUGGCCAGGUACCUCAUCAAGUCUUAUCAAGCAGCUAAGCGUGGAGAAGUUGUAGGUCCAUCAGUGGCUUACUUAGUUGGUAAAAAUACAACAGAGAUAAGAGCUGAUCUGUCUGAUGCUGGUCUUUUAGGAGCAUGUAGAAAGUCGGUAUGUGCAAUUGUGGCGGAAGUGGAAUCAAGAUUACAGCAUCUGUGCAGUAAAGGACAAGAUUAUCAUCAUGCUUGGAAUAACAUGUCUGUCUUCCUUGUUAAGUGUGCUCAGGUGCAUACACGGUACUAUGUGUGUGAAAAGUAUGUGCAGGCCAUUGAGAACCUCAAGCUGAGUGAUGGAUUAAGGACAAUCUUGAGGAACCUGUGUCGGUUGUAUGUUGUAAAUCACAUCAUAGUCCACCAGGGUGACUUCCUGAGGUGUGGAGCUUUAACAGCAAGUGAUAUGAAGGCAUUGGAAGAAGAGAUGGGUGAUCUUCUGGCAGCUCUCCGACCCCAGGCAGUCUCCAUUGUUGAUGCUUUUGACUUGGACGACUUCAUUCUCGACUCCGUUCUUGGCAGCAAAGAUGGAAACGUGUAUCAGAGGUUAUAUGACGAGGCUCUGAAAAGUCCCCUUAAUCAGAAGGAUGUUCCCGAUGCCUAUUAUAAGUACUUGCGGCCACUGAUGAAGGCUAAUCUCUGAAUGGCAAAUGAAGUCAUCUGCCCUUUAGCCUCAAACAAUGGCCGAGGUGAUUGACGAAGGUCUGCCAGAAGUGUGUCACUCCAUAAAUGUUUUUAUAUAUAUAUAAACAUUUUUUCUUUUGUUGUUUUCGUAAAAUUAUAGAAUUUUACUUUUAUAGUUGAUUUUUAAGGAGGCAGAAAUAAUGUAUAUUUAUAUGAUUGUACUUUUAACAUGUUUUUUUUUUACAUUUUUACAAAUGAUUUUUUAGUCACAACUUGUGAGCUCCAGAUCAUGCUGUCCUCAGGUUGUUUUAUUAUGUGACAAAAGUAUUUUUUUCAGGUUGGAAAAGAUGAAAGUUGUGAUUUAACAUUUGGAAGUGGAUUUUGUUAUGAGUUUUGAUAACAAAGUGAUAGUAAAUAUUACUAAUUUUAUAUAAAGAGAGUUUUAGCAAUACAUAUAGUAUUCCUUUAAAAUAAUAAACAAUACUCUGUAUUUAAUUUUAGAAUUAAUAUGUGAUAGUUUUGGUAGAUUUGUUAGGCAGUUAUUACUAAAAAAAAUUUGCCUAACAUUCGUCGUAUAUGCCAAGCAGUGAUACUGAUAUGUAAAAGUUGGUCUGUAAAUAGCUAUGUGUAUAGGACAAGUAUAUUCAUAUGUAUAAGCCUUUUUUGCUUCAAAGAAGUACUUCCCAGAUAUAA